AUGACCACUCUCACCGAUCUCGGCUCAUCACCUUCCACUUCACCUCUGGAUCUCAAUCGUUUCCCAUCCGAUAUCAUCUAUCAUCUGUUCCUCACAUUCGACGAGCUCCCACAAUCCACUCUGUAUAGUCUCAUAAGAUGCUCUUGGGACAUGUACCAUCGUUUCGCACCAGUGCUCUACCGCUCCAUCGACCUUAAGAAGAAUAAUGCCGAAAGUGUUUUCAGUGGUUUAGACAAGGCUGGUGGUCAAUGCGAUGGACUCCAAAAUAGGAGAAAGAUAGAUAUGCUAGGUCAUACUGAACAACUCAUAAUCAAUGAUCUACCAUCUGCCGAGUAUCUCUCUCAAGCACUUACAUCAUAUCAUCGCACUUACCCUACUUCCCCUAAUCCUUAUUUCCCAUCCUUCAACUCAACAAUCUUCCAAUCACUGCACACUCUAGUCCUAUCUUCCAAAGCUAUCAUGGGUCUAGCCGAUCUAUACAAUUCCUGUUCAUGGGGUUCUUCACCAUUCAAUAUUCCCUCUCAACCUAUUCUUCGUUCUCUGAAAUAUCACCUAAAACCCAAAGAAGUUAUCCUGGAUUAUCCGCAGGGUAUGAUAGGACUACACAUGCACUCGUGUAUCGAAGAAGUCAUCGCAUACAUUUCUCAAGCAUGGGAUCUGGAUACUCUCACAUGGACGAACCUAAAUAGAUCAAUAGUCGGUCCCAUACCUAAAUCUAGGAGAUUGGUCUAUCAAUUCAAAGAAUGUGCACAUACUACGAAAUGCUCUCCCACGCUUAAAGGUUGUCCGGAUCAUUAUGAUCAUGUUUCCCUUAGCUGUAGUACGUUCAUCGAUCAUAUACAUACCCUACCCUUCUCUUCACCGGAUGAAGCUCAAGAGGGGGUGACAUUGGAAUUAAGGGGGCUUGGAUGUAUGUUUUCGUUAGAGUGGGAGAGGGUGGUCGAAGAAGUGUGGAGUAGGAUGGGUAGGGUGGAGGAAGGCGAUUGGGGGAAGAUGGAUAGAUGGUACAGGGCGAAAGUUAGUCUGACCGCUCAGAGUAUUGGGGUUGACUGA